AUGCAACAACUAUUUCGGCCCGCUCCUGCUAGGGUGAUGUCUUCGGUUGCUAGCUCAGAUUAUGAGUUUGUUGCAUAUACUGCUGCAAGGGCUGCACUAGGAGUUGCAUGUAGCUGCACUUGUACCGAAAGGAGUGACAGCUUUUUGCCGCCGAACGAAUCAAACCCGUUGUCUGAGAGAACGAAAACUGAAAGAAUCAGUGACCAGUACAUCUCCAGAGCUGCGGAAGAUUUCGUUAGACGAAUGGCCAAGGAUAUAAUUGUGGCUUAUAGACUAAAACCGUGGCAAUUUCGUGUUUAG